UAUAUUGUAGGGUUCUUGUAAUUUCUUUGGCUUUAUUGAUAUAUUUUUUAUGCUUGACCAUUACUUUCUUUUUUUUUUUUUAAAAAUUCAGACUGUUAAGGUGUUUAAUUUUUGAGUUUUGCAUUUGAAUUAUUAAGACGUUUGAUAUGUUAAUUUUACCCUAUUCGUUAGUAUGAUUGAGUUUGCUGAUUGAGAAAAAUUUAAAUAUAAAUUAUUGGGUUUAGAAGGGAAGUCUGGAGUCUGGACAAUAGGUGAGGGGCGGCCGAAAGUUUUCAUAUCAACAUCACCAGAAAGUUUUUUGAAAAUUGAAGGAAUUUUACGCAUUUGAGUAGUUUUGUUAUGUUGUCUUCGAGACCAGCUACAAUUGUGACAUGAAAGUCGAGUUAAAUUAAAUUUAUGUGCCAAACACCCUACCUAUACUAUAUUUCACUGAUCUUUUAGGACGAGCCACGAUCUGAAUUCAUCCAAAAAUAACUCCGCUGCUUACGAGUUUAAUAUUAGGAAGGACUAGGAAAAAGUAGUAUGAAGAGGGGAUAUGGAUAACAGUAAAUCAUACGCAUUAUGCAGGGUGGCAAUUACUCUAAUAACACAACAACUUCAAUGCUUUAAUCCCAACAUACGGGCGUCCGCUACAUGAACCAAAACAAAUCAACGUGAGAGAUUGUCGGGUUAUGAUUUAGUGCAAUGGACAUUUUGUAUAAUGAUCUACCCUGAAUAUAGCCGCUUACUACCUUGUCCAUCAACAAGUCUUCCACCACGAGUAGAACAUUUGGUUGUCCAAAAAGAAAGUCCUGCUUGUAAAUACAUUAGCAAAAGUUUGGAUCUACCACAUUCGUAUGUUGCGGAUCUCAUUCGUUUUGGAGCUGUCUAUUAUGCACUUAUUUGUCCAGAUCCUCCCCCGACAGCCACUCCUGAGCAAGUUCAACUAUAUAAUCUUUUUACAUCACCCAAACUUCUGAAAAAAAGGCGUUCCAUUAAAGGGAAAACAUUCAGAGAAGCUCAGAAAACCUUCCGAGUGACUGAUCCAGAUAUGUGCUUUGAAGCAGGAACAUAUUUACGUGUACAUGUCCACCCGAAACGCUUCCCAAGGUGCUACGAAAUUGAUUGGCAGUCAAGAAUAAUAGCUGUUACUGAAUCUUAUGUGGUUCUGGACAAGCCUGCUGGUACCUCAGUUGGAGGAGCUUCGGACAACAUUGAAGAAAGUUGUGCAAAUUUUACAACUCGUGCCCUGGGAUUAACCUCUCCACUCUUUACCACACAUCAAAUUGAUAAUUGUACAGAAGGGUGUGUUGUGCUGGCUAGAACUAAGGAGUACUGCUCAGUUUUUCACAAAAAAAUCAGAGAUAGAAUGGUUAAGAAGCUCUACCUUGCACUUACUGCAGCUCCAGUUCCUCGUGGAAUACUUACCCACUACAUGCGUCCUGCUAAUCUUGCACCGCGACUCAUAUCAGAAGAAUAUAUUGAUAGAUGGCUCUUGUGUCAGCUGGAAGUUUUGGAUUGUAAGAAGGUUCCUUGGCCAAAUUCUUUGACCAGAGAAAGGUAUUGUAUUGAAGACUGUGGAUGGCCUGUGCAAAAUAAUGCUUAUGAGUGCACUGUUAAUCUUCUGACUGGUCGAACUCAUCAGAUUCGAGCACAAUUUGCUGCUUUUGGGGCGCCUAUAAUUGGUGACUCCAUGUAUAUGCCAGCGUCUCUUGCUGAAAUAGCCACUCCCAUAGUUAAUCCACUAGGAAAAUUUAGAGGAGCUUAUACAAGUGAGGUGGAAAAAAGAGUUGCUAUUGAUAAUUGGAUUGCCUUGCAUGGAAAGGAGCCUACUGUUGCUAUUGGUCUUCAAGCUUGUCAAAUAUCUUGGGACAAUGGUGAGCUUAGCUACAAUGCCGGAUCACCAUGGUGGAGAUGAAAUUAUUUUCUGACUAACGAAUUCUUUGCAAUUGAAUGGGUGAAUAUCAACUGCAGGACUGGAAUCAAGAUGUGCAGCUGGUCCAUGAGCGGAUAUUUUGUUGUAUGGUGACUGCAUUAUCCAUUAAUAGUAUAGAUAUAUGGCUCAUGUGGUGGGAUCCAAUUCUUCGCCUGGUCUUUCAAAGAAUAUGAGACUGAAGCACAAUUUGUAGAAUCAUUCAUCCCCAAGAGAAGUACAUUUUUUCAAAGAUGUUAUUCAAAAGUUCUUCUGGAUUAAGAUUUACAACAGCUGCAUGAGCAAGGAUAACAUUAUGUGCUGCAAUGAAAGGUUCCUCCUCUGAGUCUCCUUUCGAACAAUUUCCGAAUAUGCCUGAACACCGUGCUGGUGGGUAAUCACCAGUACCGUAUCCAUAAUAAAUCGCAACAUUUGGUUCGUUGAAGGUAACCCAAUAUUUCACCCUGUCCCCAAAGUAUUUGAAGCAGAUAUCCGCAUAAUAUAUAAAAUCUUCCCUGCAAUCAAUGGACUUACCGAUCAGUAUUCAGGACUAAUUUGUAAGCAUUUCUGAACCUUUCUUUGAUAUCGUUUCUUGUCUUUCAUCCUUAUGAUGAGGUAAUGAGGGUUCGAUUCUCACCACCUAUAGAAAAGAUUGAUUGCCCCUUCUCCUUGCUCGUAUGGGACUCUUCGGUUAUACCCCCGAAUCAAAAUAAUAAAAAGGCCGACAAAGGGUGAUACGUUCAACUUACAAGGUUUGAUUAGGGCCAACAAGUUCGGAUUGUGAAAAUAAAAGGAGUGGAACACAUCCUUUUAGAGCUCUGAACUUUAUGCUUCAACGAAAGGUGGAAAUCGAAACCAACAUUCGUAUCAAACUUAAUAGAAGCAUAAAAAAUUGCUUACUGUAACUCGGAACUAAGCAUUCCACCAUAUCUGUCUUCGAGUUCUUGUGGAAUAUCAUAGUGAUACAAUGUCACAAAAGGUUGAAUCCCUGCUCAUACAGCAUCAGAAAGC